AUGGCCGCGGCGACCGACGCCGUCGCCGACGAGAUCCGCGAAAAUCUCCGCGUCGACGACGGCGCCGACGCGGACGCGGACGUGGACGCGGCCGCCGCCGCCGCCGCCGACGACGACGCGGACGACCCCGCGGCGGCGACGGACGCGACCGUUGAGACCGCCGCGAAGAAGAAGAAGAAAAAAAAAAAGAAAAAAAAAAGCGGCGGUGGCGGCGGCGGCGGCGACGGCGCGCGCGGCAGCGGCGCGGCCGGCCAAACCUCCCCGCCGUCGGUCCCGGUCUCGAUCCUCUUCGACGACGUCUUCCCUCCAGGGGAGAUACAGCGGUACCGCGACGACAACCUCUGGCGCGAGACGAGCGAGGAGAAGCGCGAACUCGAGCGCCUGAACGCAAACAUGUACAACGAGGUGCGGCAGUGCGCGGAGGUGCACCGCGAGGUUCGCAAGCACGUCGACGCGUGGGUGCAGCCCGGGAUGAAAUUAAUUGACGUGUGCGAGCGCCUGGAGAACUCGGUGCGAACGCUGAUCCAAGAGCGCGGGCUCGAGGCCGGGAUCGCGUUCCCUACCGGUUGCUCGCGGAACCACGUCGCCGCGCACUGGACCCCGAACGGCGGCGACGAAACCGUUGUCGAGAGAGACGACGUCAUCAAAUUUGAUUUCGGCACGCAAAUCAACGGGCGCAUCAUAGACUGCGCGUUCACGAAGACUUUCACGCCGAGGUACGACCCGCUUCUGCUCGCAGUGAGAGAGGCGACGGAGUGUGGUAUAAAAGAGUCUGGGAUCGACGUCCGGCUGUGCGACAUCGGCGAGGCGAUCGAGGAGGUCAUGGAGUCGCAUCAGAUCGAGCUCGACGGAAAGACGUUCGACGUGAAGUGCUGCCGCAACCUGAACGGGCACUCCAUCGCGCCGUAUCAGAUUCACGCGGGGAAGUCCGUACCGAUUGUGCGCGGCGGAGAGACGACGAAGAUGGAGGAAGGGGAGUUUUAUGCGAUCGAGACGUUCGGGAGCACGGGGAAAGGGUACGUCCGCGAAGACAUGGAAUGCUCGCAUUACAUGAAAAACUACGACGUCGGCCACGUCCCACUGCGGCUGCCGCGCGCGAAGCAGCUCCUUGGGACGAUCGAUCGCAACUUUGGCACGCUCGCGUUUUGCCGUCGGUUCUUAGAUCGCAUCGGGGAGACAAAGUAUCUCAUGGCGCUGAAAAAUUUGUGCGACAACGGGAUCAUACAGCCGUACCCGCCGCUCGUGGACGUAAAGGGAAGCUACGUCGCGCAGUACGAGCACACGAUCAUGCUGCGGCCGACGUGCAAGGAGGUGCUGACGCGCGGGGACGACUAUUAA